UCACUGGUUUCAGCGCUUCCUCAAAACGUUCGGUGGAGGGAACGGGUUGUCCGAGAGGCUGACGGCAAGCCUCGACUAAGCUACCUGAAAGGGAUAACGCCUAACUAUUGAAAAUUAAUUUAUUUCACCAUGUGUGCAGAAUGACUGAUCGAAUUUCAGUCUGUAUUUAAUAUUUAAUUGCACCCAGAAACAAGUGUUCCUCCCAAGUCUUGAGACAGCUCUCUGGCUAGCGCAACUAACGUUGAGGCAAAACUCAAACGAAACCAGCACGGCGCUUGUUAACCGCCUAGCACAUAACAGUAGCCACCAUAAUUCAAAAGAAGACGGGCUAUAGAGAUGAAAGGGGAGCAUUGGACAAACUGUUAUCGAUAAGGGUGUCUCCAUCAUAGUUUUUGAAGUCAUGUUCGUCGUGGAUUGCUUGUUUGUCUCUGAAGUAUAACAUUAGCUACCUUGUGAUUUCAAACUUUCGAUAGCUAGCUAGCUAUCGAUAGCAUACCUGACGUUACUCAAGGCCUUAGCUAGCUAGCUAGCUUUGUGGCGUUAAUCAGUCUGUGGACACAACAUUCGGCGCGUGGUCUGUCAGUGAGGGGACACCGACAGGAGCAGAGAAGAUGUCGGCUCAAGCGCAGAUGAGGGCAAUGCUGGACCAACUCAUGGGUACUGGAAGGGAUGGGGACAGCAUGCGCCAAAGGAUCAAGUUUACUGAUGAGAGGGUCUGCAAGAGUCACCUGCUAAAUUCAUGCCCCCAUGACAUACUUUCGGGCACUAGAAUGGACCUGGGAGAGUGUGAGAAGGUCCAUGACUUGGCCCUCAGGGCAGACUAUGAGAUUGCCUCGAAACAGAAGGAGUAUUUUUUUGAGCUGGAUGCAGCAGAACACCUGCAGUCAUUCAUAGCUGACUGUGACCGACGGACAGAGCUUGCCAAGAAACGUCUUGCAGAGACGCAAGAGGAGAUCAGUGCUGAAGUUGCUGCAAAGGCAGAACGCGUGCAUGAGCUGAAUGAGGAGAUUGGGAAGCUGCUGGCGCGAGCGGAGCAGCUGGGCGGGGAAGGGAAUGUGGAUGAGGCACAGCAGGUGUUGGAGAAGGUGGAAAAGACCAAAGCCAUGAAGAAGGAGGCUGAGGAUAUUUACCGGAACUCCAUGCCAGCCUCGAGCUUCCAGCAGCAGAAACUGAGAGUUUGUGAGGUGUGCAGUGCCUACCUCGGUCUCCAUGACAAUGACCGGCGACUGGCUGACCACUUUGGUGGAAAGCUGCAUCUUGGAUUUAUUGAAAUUCGUGAGAAGCUUGAUAAGCUCAGGAAAACUGUUGCAGAGAAGCAGGAACAAAUGAGGAUGAGAAGACGGGAGGAGCGAGACAAAGAGGAGCAACGAGAGAGGGAGUGGGAACGAGAGCGGGAGAAAGAACGAGAGAAGGAAAGGGAGAAAGAAAGAGAGCGAGCAAGCGAGCGGGAGAGAGAGCUUGAGCGAGAAAGAGACAAGCGGAGAACAAGAUCCAGAAGUGGGGACCGAUACAGGGAUGGAAGCAGUUCUUCCCGUCAUUCAAGACGUCACCAGUCCUCUCGGUCGCGUGAGGAAGGCGGAGGAGGAGGAGGAGGAGGAGGAGGAGGAGGAGGAGGCGGCGGCGGCGGGGGGGAAGGGGGAGGAAGAGGAGGAGGAGGAGAGAGGGAUCGAGACAGAGACAGAGACCGGAGGCACAGGCACAGGAACAAGGACAGGCAGCGCUCACGCUCGCAUUCCCACCCUCAUUCCAAGGGCAAGAAGAAGAGGUCCUCCAGAGAGCGUUCUCCUCAGCCAAGAGAGAGGGGCUUCUCUCCAAGCCAGGAGCAGAUGCAAGAGAGCAGGGGCUCGGGUGAGCUGCCUCCAAGGGAGUCCGAGAGGAUGAUGAUGAUGAUGGACGAGGAGUGGACAGCCUCACCGGACGUGCCCAGAGGCAGAGAGCACUCACCAUCCCUGGAGAGAGAGAGGCGUUCUAGUUCAGAGGAGCGCGAGUCUGGGGAGCUAUAGAACAAACGGGGAGGGAAGAAUGGUUUACCGAGCCACUGAGAGCAUGUGUGCAGGGCUGUUGGAGGGUUGUGUGUGUGUGUGUGUGUGUGUGUGUGUGUGUGUGUGACUGAGUGAUAGGUGAAUGAUUGGUGUACAUUUACUACUAUGAAGUGUGGGUGGGAGCAGCUGACAGCAAGGUUAAAUAGGGUUGGGCGAGGCAAAACAAGGCGCCAGGGUGAGCACCAAUGUAGGGAACAUGGAUGAGGAGGACUAUUACCUCAGCAUUGGUAGACCAUCUCCUCUGACGGAGUCACUGGAUGAGUGAGGAGGAUGGCUGAUAUGAGAGGUAAUGGAGAGUGAAUAGAAGGUGGAGAUCCUAUCGAAGGCUUCAUUUUAGCUUCUUUUUUUUUCUUCUUUUUUUUUUUAAGAAAUCACUGUAACGAUCAUUGUUUAUGGAUAUCUGCUCCCUUGUCACUGCUUAAUUGCAUAAAGGAUGGUUGUGUUUUAUGUACAAAGAAAUCCUUUCCUACACAAUAUGUUUAAAAAUGUUUUUUUCUUGAUUGACUGACAGUUGUGUGUUGAACAGUGUCAUCCCCUAUUGACAGACCUUGUUUCAGCAACUCGCCAUCGAAUUGGAUUCUUCUCUAAAUGGCAGAGGCCGUAGGAUCGUUAUGGUUCAGUCUCACAAUUUUGUCCAUGGUCCAGUCUGUGUCAGUGAUGAGUUAAAAAUAUUCCCCAUAUAUGUAUGAUUCUGUUGUCAAAUGCUCUUUGGAUGUAAUUUGGUGUUCAAAUGUACAUUAUCAGUUGUACAUGAUUCAUUGCAGAGUAUAGACACAUAGUCCAUGGGGAGACUGUUUGGUUCUUACCUUUCUUUUGAAUAAACCUUUUCUGCCUGAAGCAUACCAAGGAAUGAGAGAGUGCAUUUGGCAUGCAGCUUUUAAGGUGAUGGGCUAUGGAUACCCCGGCUCCUUGUGCUGUUCACAACAAAUAAAGAUUUAUGCCUCUGAAACA